AUGAAAGGAAGAGAAAUCAAAGGAGCUCCAUCCACAGCAGAUCUGCUUGUCUGUUUCCCAUCCCGAGCCCAUCUCACCUUAAUGCCCAAACCCAUUUGCAGCCCAGCCAGAGGAUCCGAACCCAACAAGCAGCGCGGCCACCACCAUCGUACUCCCUCCGCCGGCGCCGGAGUCGCAAAUUACCAGCACCGGCUGAAGAAGAAAGGCAGCAUCGGACGGGGGAGCCCGAUGCUGUGGGGGAAGACGAAGCAGCAAAUGGGUUCGGGCGAUAAUUUGGUAUCUGAGCCCACAUCUCCUAAGGUGACUUGUGCAGGGCAGAUCAAAGUCAGGCACCACCAUCACAAGGCCUCCGCCAAUUGCAAGAACUGGCAGUCUGUGAUGGAGGAGAUUGAGAGACUCCACAAUCAUAGAAAGCAGCAGAGCAACAGAUCGUCCGCUUCGACGACGACGACGAGUAGUUGGGCGGAGUCUCUUGGGUUCAAGAAGGAAGUCAUGCAUUUCCUUACUUGUCUUCGGAGCAUCCGAUUCGAUCUCCGUUGCUUCGGAUCGUUCCCCCAGUCCGACAUCAAUUCCGACGACGAUGAAGACGAAGAGGAUGACGAGAAUGAAGGCGAGGACGAGAUGGUUGUAGAAGAUGAUGCAAUCGAUGGAAAUGAAGAGGGAGCGGGGACGGCCAGUAGCGAGAAUUCGAGAGCUGUGUUUUCGAAAUGGUUCAUGGUGCUGCAAGAGAAUAAGGGGAAUGAUUGUGAAGAUGGAGGGGAGAAGGAGAAGGAGAAGGAAGAGGAGGCCGCCGUUCCGCCAGCGAAUGCGCUGCUGCUGAUGCGGUGCAGGUCUGCUCCGGCGAAGAGCUGGAUGGAGCAGAAACAGGAGGAAGAAGAAGCAGAAGAACAAAAGCAAACAGAAGAGGGAGGGAAGCAAAAGAAAGCAGAGGAGGGGGCAGAGGAGAAGAGAGGGAAGAAUUUGAAGACGUUGAUGGAGGAAGAGAGGAAAACAGAGAUGGAGAAGCUAAUCGUGAUGAGAUACGACACUGAUUUCUACAAAAUCUCGUGUGAUGUAGCGAAAGAAACAUGGGUUGUUGGCGGUGGGAUGAUGAACAUGACGGAUCCUUUCUCCAGAAGUCGAAGCUGGAAGAGAUGA